AUGGUUUCCAAAUUCCUUGCCGCUCUCGCCGUUGCUGGCCUGGCCUCGGCCGCCGGCACCAACGUUGCCAAGUUCAACGCUUACUGGGGCCAGUCUGGUCCUUACGACGAGAGUCUCAAGCAACGCUGUGACGAGGGUGCCGACUACAUCAGCCUGUCCUUUGUCACCUCGUCCCCCGAGAACAACCCUUCUGGGUAUCCCGGCAUCGGCUUUGCCGCUCACUGCUGGGCUGAUUCUUUCGAGGUGGACGGCAAGCCGACCAACCUGCUCAGCCACUGCCAAACCAUCAUUGAUGAUCUCGAGUACUGCCGUAGCAAGGGCAUCAAGAUGCUCCUCUCCAUUGGCGGUGUCUGGGACCAGAAGACAUCCGACUACCGCGUCAGCACCGAGAAGAACGGCCGCGACUUUGCCGACUUUCUCUGGGGUGCCUUUGGCCCUUACGAUGCGUCCUGGAAGGGCCCUCGCCCCUUUGACAGCCAGACCGACCCUACCAAGCACAGCGCCAUUGACGGCUUCGACUUUGAUCUCGAGCUGCCCCAGGUCGACGGCAAAAACUUUGACAACAAGCCCUGGAUCGCCAUGGCCGACCAGUUCCGCUCCCACAGCAAGGACGUCAUCAUCACCGGCGCCCCCCAGUGCCCGACCUCCCCCCAGUGGUUCGCUAUGAAGGAGAUGAUCCAAAAGACCCAGUUCGAUGCCCUCUUCAUCCAGUUCUACAACAACAUCGGGUGUGAUCUGGUUGAUGGCAACGACCCCCUGAACCCCAGCGAAAACUUCAACUACAACGAGUGGGAAACCAUCAUCGCCUCCAGCGAGAAGAGCAAGAACGCCAAGCUCUUUGUUGGCAUCCCUGCCGCGCCCGAGCCCCUCAACUUGUGGUCUGGCUACGUCACUCCUAAGGAGCUCGAGCCCAUCAUCUGCAACAUUGCCAAGCGUCCCUCGUUUGGUGGUAUUUCCAUCUGGGACAUGUGGACCGGCAAGAACAACAUCAUCGAUGGCAAGUCCUUCAACGAGCACGUCCAGGAUAUUCUCAGCAAGUGCGGUGACCACACCACCACUACUACUACUACUACUACGACGACGACAACCUCUACGACCUCGAGCACCACGAGCACCACGACGACUACGACGACUAGCUCUUCCAGCACCACCACUACCACCUCGUCCAGCUCUAGCAUUCCCACCUCGACUAGCACCAGCACCUCGACCUCGUCUUCCACCAGCAGCCAGUCCACCUCUAGCUCCAGCACGUCCUCUGUGAGCUCCAGCUCCAGCUCCGCUAUUCCUACCGGCUCGAGCUCCAGCUCUUCUGUUGUUCCUACUGGUAGCUCCAGCUCCUCUAGCAGCUCUGUUGUCCCUACUGGCAGCUCCAGCUCCGCUCUUCCUACCGGCUCGAGCUCCAGCUCUUCUGUUGUUCCUACUGGUAGCUCCAGCUCUUCUAGCAGCUCUGUUGUCCCCACUGGCAGCUCCAGCUCAUCUGUUGUCCCUACUGGCAGCUCCAGCUCCAGCUCUUCUGUUGUUCCUACUGGCAGCUCCAGCUCCUCCGGCUCUGUUGCUCCUACUGGUAGCUCCAGCUCCAGCUCCAGCUCUUCUGUUGUCCCAACUGGCGGUUCCAGCUCCUCCAGCUCUUCUGUCCAGACCAGCAGCAGCACCAGCUCCUCUGCCGUUCCUACCGGCUCCAGCUCCAGCUCCGCUGUUCCUACUUCUCAGUCUAGCUCCUCCAUCUCUAUCUCGACUGGAACCGGCUUCCCUACCUCGGCUUCUAGCUCCAGCGUCAUCCUCACCACUGGUCCUGCGACCACGGCUCCUCCCGUGACCUCGGCACCCUGGACCAACACCACCACGACGUCGCAGGAGAUGACCACCAGCACCGUGUUCACGACCACGACCCGCACCAUCACCUCGUGUGCGCCUACCGUGACCAACUGCCCUGCCCGUGUCGUCACCGAGACCAUUGCUCUGUAUACGACCGUCUGCCCCGUCACCCAGACCAACCAGCCCCCCAAGCCGACCGCCACUGCCAGCCAGCCCACCGAGGAGAUGACUACCAGCACCGUCUACACCACCACCACUUACACCAUCAGCAAGUGCCCUCCCAGCGUCACCAACUGCCCCAUCGGCCAUGUGACGACUGAGACCAUCUCGGUUUCGACGACUGUCUGCCCCGUCACCAAGACCAACGAGGUUCCUCAGCCUACCCAGCCCGCUGGCAAGCCCACGGGCCAGCAGCCUUCCGGCCAGCAGCCUUCCGGCCAGCAGCCUUCCGGCCAGCAGCCUUCCGGCCAGCAGCCUUCCGGCCAGCAGCCUUCCGGCCAGCAGCCUUCCGGCCAGCAGCCUUCCGGCCAGCAGCCUUCCGGCCAGCAGCCUUCCGGCCAGCAGCCUUCCGGCCAGCAGCCUUCGGCCAGCAAGUCCACCCAGUCCCUGACCACUACCACCCUGCACAGCACCAAGACCAUCUUCAAGACGCUGUCCCUGGCCCCCGAGACCACCCUCACCGUCGUACCCGUGAAGCCUACCGGCAACCAGUGCCCUGGCGGCCCCAACUGCGCUCCCGUCAGCACUGGCGCUCCCGUCGGCACUGGCGCUCCUUCGGCUCCCGUUGUCAAACCUACCACUCCCAUCGUUACCGGUGGUGCUUCCUCUAUUACCGCUGGUCUGGUCGCUCUCGUGGCUGCCCAGAUCUUCCUCUUGUAA